ACGACUAUUUUAGAAGUAGCGAUCCCCUCUUCUCUCUCUUCUGGUCAUUCUUCGUUGGCCGAUGCCUUGGGUGUCCAUCAAUACAGUACUACUGGAUACUUGAUACCCCAGGCAUAGUAUUACCCAAAACGGACUAGCGUGCCCAAGCGUCAAAUCAGUUAUCGGAUCUUUGAUAGUGAACCUUCGAUACAUGCAUCAACUUUUAAAUCAACACCAAGUGAGCGAUUUCCAUAAGCUUCAACACAUCCACCCCCGAAAUCGACGCGUACCCCGAAUCCACAGAGAAUAACUCACCAUGUCAUCACCACCACCGACAAAUCCCCUAAAACGUCCCUCAAUCUCAUCUUCCGCCUCCCAACCUCUCGGCACCAACCCUAAACGACCACGCAUGCACCCACUCCGUCAGACUUCCUUUCCGACGACUAUCGACGCGGAUUCACGCGCAUACGGCGCUGCUAGCGAUGCAGGCAGUGUGACGGGCAGCUUCACUGGGAGCCUAGGGGGCACGAGCGCGGACGGUGUAUUUCGGAAUAAGAAACGUGGGCGUAAGAGUAAGGCGGAGAAGGAGCGUGAGAGGGAGGAUGCGGCGAGAGGGGAGAUGCGGUCGUCUGCUGAUGCAGAAGGGUCUGUGAGAGCAGGUGCGACGGGCGGCGGAGGCGGAGAUGAUGGGGAUGAUGAUGAGGAUUUCGAGGAUGAAGGGGAAUUAUUGGGUAGAGAGGAAGGGACCACGGAUACGGAGGCUGAGAAGAAAAAUCUUGCAUUGCUGGUCGAUGCGUUUAAUCCUUUACAGUCUGAGCGGUACGAUCUGUUCAAACGAGCGAAACUGAGGAAAGAGACUUUGCGACGUAUUGUGAAUCAUGCGCUAUCACAAUCCGUGCCGGCGAGUGUGGUUACUACGAUCAAUGGAUUUACGAAGGUGUUUGCAGGAGAGAUCAUUGAAAAGGCUCGGACGGUGCAGGCUGAAUGGGCGGAGGCACACGAUCAGACUGCGAUAGCUGCUUUUGAGGCUGAAGAGGCCGCGACAAUGGCGCGAGCUGCGAAUGCAUCGGUUCCUGGCACUCCAGGUCUCGGUACGCCGGGACCCGGCAGACUACCUCAGGUGAAACAAGAAUCCUCGAAUUCCUCGUCUUUCCCUCCCACACGUGCCUCCGGGACACCAGUUCCAUCCGGUGUAGCAAGUUCGCAGCAGGCGGUGAACGGCACUGCACAAUCUACACGGGAGAGGAUAUUCAAGAUGCCUCCUAAUCCUCACCGGGGACAACUACUUCCGUCGCAUUUGCGAGAGGCCUUACGACGCUGGAAGCGGGAUGGAGAGGGAGGCGGGGUCGGGUUCUCCGGACUGAGUAUGGGCAAUCUGGGAGUUCGGGGAUCGGUGACGUGGGGAGCAGGCAGCGUUGGCGGACGACGCAUUUUCCGCUAAAAAGAGCAGUGCUUUCUCGAUCUAGAUCUCUUUAUGACGUGACGAAGGCCGCAACCACUCGGAUUCUGAAACAAACUUAUGGUCGUUUUGCGACUUUCAGUGUCUGGAGCUUGAGCAGCUACUAUCUUCUCAAUUUGAAAAGGUACUCUCGCCCACGGCGCCUCCUUGCAAUGUUCUGCUGGUCAAAUCGAUCUGGGAAUCAUCUGUGAUUGAGCAUACAUAGGAACAGUGGAAGCCGCCGACCCACUCCUGGUAUACCAGAGAUAACAUCG